AGUGUUUGACCCUUCCAAUGAAUCCCAAAAGAUCACCUUACUUAGAGCCAUUGGUUAUCAAAUUUUAUCUGACAUAAAUGCAGCUUCGGUUGUCAUGCCCACCGCAUUAGUCGGUACGGUUAUAUUGACACUACGGGGUCGCGGUGUUGGAAAGAGAGAGCUUGUAAGACGUGUAGACUGGCUAAAGGCAGCAAUAAUAGCAAAAGGGGGACGAGUGGCUGACUUUGGUGGCAUGACCACUGACGAAGUAGUUGACAGAGCAUUAGUUGUGUUAAAAGACUUGAUUAAAGAACGAAAAGAAUUAUUAGAACCCGUUUUUUAUGCAGAGAAAAGGUUUGAGCUGAGCUAUUAUCGUAAUCAGGUUAUGCAUUUAUUUGUUUCUGAAGCUAUUAUAUCCGCAGCCAUGUACACCAAGAUAAAACAGGGAGGUGCAAAGUCAAUACAAAUACUUCACUUCGAUACUCUUUUACGUGAGGUGGAAUUUCUAUCGCAGCUACUCAAGAUCGAAUUUGUUUAUUAUCCUGGUGAUAUCAAGGAGAAUUUGGAUACCACAAUAAAAGGACUGAAGGACGAUAAUGUAUUCGAUUAUAAGGAUGGUUAUGUACAGUUAACAGAAAUGGAAAGAUCCAUUGGGCGCGAGAAUUAUGAUUUCUAUUGUUUCUUAAUUUGGCCUUUCAUCGAAACAUAUUGGUUGGCUGUUGUUAGCUUGUUUUCAAUGACCCCGACCCAUACUUCUCAACCAACCACACAAAGUUCGAUCUCGACCACCUGGUUCUACGAACAUGAUUUUCAUAAUAAGUGUCAGAAAUUUGGUAAAACAUUGUACUACCAAGGUGAUCUUUCUUAUUUUGAAGCAGUCAAUAAGGAAACUUUGAAGAAUGCCUUCCUCCUAUUAGAAAAUAAGGAGAUUAUUAUGGUGAAACGUAGUCGAAACUCAAAAAUCCAACCAACCAUUGCUCUUAAUGUUGAUUACAUUCCAACAAGGAAUGCUGAAGGAGCGAUAGAGCCAAGGGGUAAAUUAUGGGAUUUGGUGGAAAAUAUUGGAAAGUUUCGUAGGGAAGGGAAAAAUCGUAGAGACAAUGCUACGGUUAGUACAAGAGUAUUAAAGUUAGCUGAACUAGUAGGAGCACCCACUGCAGCAGAUGUGGUGAUGAAUAAUUUGGCGACCAAGCCCGAGAUGUCUGGGAGAUUGGAGGCAAAACUUUAG